UAUUCCUCCUCCUAUUGUCUGGCUGACCUCCGAUCCACCAAUAAACCCACUCCCGUUCUGGCCCAAAGAGCCCGAAUCCCUCGCUCUCUCGCUUUCUCGCCCUCUCCUUUCCGACCUCCCCGUGUUUACCGCCGCUGCGCCUUCCAUCACCUCCCCGCCAUCCCUCUCCCUCCGAAGUGAUGGUUCGCAUCCCCUACGUUUCCAUUUCGGGGUAGGCUGAGGAGUGUUUUACUCCCUUUUUCGCUUUCCUUGCCGUUGGUCCAUUUCACGACCCGACGGCCUUCGCUCUCUCUUGCUCUUCUCCCUUCGCCCCGACCGCCCUCCCGAGGAUCGCGUCUUCUACCUGGCGGCCUUCAUCCGAUUCGACCGUCCGAUCGAACAGUUUCUGGAAUCGACCCGUGCACAACGUGGAUUGAAUCGCUUGAAGAGGGGGCUGACCUCCCCGCGGAGGUCAUCCGAUCGAUACUGCGCGGCCGUGAUGGGUGUUCACGACGCGCGAUGGCAUGGCAUUCCGGACUCGUCGACUGAAGCUUCGGAAGGGGACCGGAAAUGGAGCUGGAGCUUGCGAUCAUCGCGACGGCGUCGACCGGUAUCGUUGGGCUAUGGAGUGGCGUGGAUGUGGAUGCUGGUGGUGAUGGUUUUGGUGGCUCCGACCUCCGCCGUGAUGCUGGAUUUUGAGAACUGCCUAGGAAAAUCCGUCAUCGAAUCGAGCCCGCUUCAGCUGCAGUUCGUCCCGCUGGAUGUGGCAGUCCACUUCGACCUGACAAAUCCACUGCAUAAUCUGAACGUGACGGUCUACGGCAACGUUUCUGGGACUGCCGAUCGGCGGACUUCGUACCCAUCUGCUGAUGAUCCCCAAUGGACCAAUCCCAACGAGACCGUGGGCAAGAUCCUGGAUCUGGAUACCACGAACAACAAAUAUUCCACCUUGUUGACGUCCGUCAACGUCGUCAGCUUUUCUCCCUAUCACGAUGCGUCUCGGUUUUGCGACUCCGUCACUCAAGGCGGGUGCCCGAUGACGCCGGCCUUUAACGUGAACGCGAGCGACCUGAGUGCCUUGCGAGCUAUCUCCUUCCAGCAUGACAUGCUUUCGUCGUACCACUUCUCCACUCUGUCGUCAACCCUGACAAUCAAAUCCGGCGAUGCAGAUGCUACGAUACUGGGAUGCGUGUCGGUCGAUGUCACCCCCGACCUGGGAUCGUCUCUGAAGAGCGCUUUGGCAUAUGUGCCCCUGGUGAUUCUUAUCCUAGUUGGGGUCGCGACUGUCACGGCGGCGAUCUUCAGCCCUUGGGGCACGACGGACCCUUUCCACUGGACCAGCAAUUACGGCCGCGACGAGGAUGUGCUGCGACUGGUGACGCCCGGGUUUGGGGAUUGUCUUCAAUACCUUCAGUUUGCGGUGCUGACGGGCGCACUAUCCUUGAACUACCCCGGCUAUUAUCAACCCGUAGUGAGCCAAGUGGCUUGGUCGGCGCUCAUGUUCAACCAGAGCUUCUUGGACCCUGGCAAAGAGCGCAACCCUGUCUCGGACGGGGUCUACAAUGUGAAUGCUACCGACGGCCUGGACCGAAUGGAGCAUUUUGUUGGCAUGUCGUCGCCGCGUGACCUGUGGCCCAGCAUGAUGGUGUGGCUGCUCGUCAUCGUGGUCAUCAUCAUGCUUCUCAUUCAGCUGGCCUUUGCAUUUCGCUGGCUCCACCGGGAGAUCGCGAGUAUCCCCGAGGAAGAUCUCCGGGCGAAGAAUAUGCCGUUCACUGUGGGCAAUGUGAUCCGGAUCGUCUUUAAUUACAUGUUUCUCCCGCUCAUCUCGCUUUCUUUCUACCAACUGGUCAUCGCCGGCAAAUCCCCUGCCUAUUGUGUGGCGCUUGCGGUUGUAGUCAUCCUGAUAAUGGUUGCCUUUUCAAUCUGGACGAUCCGGCUGAUUGCGAACACGCGCCCCAAGUCUUACCUCUUCGAUGAUCUGCCUACCGUGCUGCUGUAUGGUCCUUUGUACAACACCUUCUGCGACGAUGCAGCUGCCUAUGCGGUGGUUCCGAUCUUUAUUUCGUUCGCCCGCGGCGUGGCCAUCGGUGCCCUGCAACCGUCUGGAAUCGCCCAGAUUGUGCUCCUCGCCAUUUGCGAAGUCGUGUCACUUCUCACCCUUCUCGCCUUUCGCCCUUUUGCGUCACCCACCUCCAUGAACCUAUACCAUGCUUGCUUCACCGUGGUUCGAUUCCUCACCAUCCUACUCAGCGUCGUUUUUGUUCCCUCCUUGCAGGUCCCGCAGGUUGCGCGCGGGUGGAUCGGAUACGUGAUCCUCCUGCUUCACGCCUUGGUCCUCGUCUUUGGGUUUUUCCUGAAUGCCUUACAAACCUUGAUCGAAGUUAUCGCGCGACUGGCUGGCGCUGGUGGAAAUGAAGGUGGCGUUACUCGUGGCGGUCUUACAAAGGUCUUUGGUAUGCGCCAACUCUCACGACGGGUGCCCCGGCGGGAUGCUGGAACCCGUCAAAGUAUGGGCUCCGAGGCUGCGAUGCUGGCACACACGGACGAUCGAUUGUCCUCUCAAUUCGACGGAUCACGACCGAGGAGUCUAUCGGGUAGUUCGGCCCUGCUGCUUAAUCGGGCCACUGCCAGCGACGGUAGGGCCAGUGCGUUUUACGAGUCUGGCAGUGCCCAUGGCGGAACGCACAGUCGGGCCAACAGCAGCGGCAUCUUUGCACCGUCGACGCCCGGCGGCCACACGACAUUUCAGGGCGCAGGCUACCAGACGACCGGUAGCAACUCUCCGAAGAGCGGACCUAUAUUCGCCAUGCAUCCGCAGGAUCCCUAUUAUCGGCCUCCCAGGCCUCGUCGGAAGGCGACCGAAGGGAGCAUGGGCGAGAAAAGUAGUCGCGGCCAGCGGGUGGCCAGCUAUGCCGACGAUGAUGAUGUAAUCGAAGGCCCGUCGAUUUCUGGAAGAGCCACCCCGGUGCCAGCUUAUAUUCCGGCGCCCAAGGAUGAUUUGGAUUAUGAUGAUCCCCGACAGUCACAAAAGGACUACGCGGUCCGCGAGGUCGACUUUUACUACCGUGUGCGCGGCCCUCCGCUCUCCCAGUCUGGCACACGCAAGUUGAAAACGGGCCCGGCAGACCCCACGGGGCCUGUCUCGUCUGCUACGGGAUUUUUCAGGAACCUGUUCCUCGGCAAGACCAAGGAGAAAGGCAAAGGAUUCGAAGUUGUCCGUAGCUCCAGGGCCCCGCCACCCGGUUCGUUCCCCGAGGGAGAAGAGUAUCAUGAACCGUACUCAGACGAGCCGAGAGACCAGGCCGCCGCUGGUGCCGCUGGUGCCGGGGCUAGUGCUGCCGGGGCUGCCGGUGGACAUAAGCGUCAGUCCUCAGAGGGUGAGCCGCUCUAUCGAAGCUCCGAAGAUGAUGAUUCAGAGUAUUCGGAGGAAGAGCACCGCCGACCGGCAAAUGAUGCUCCACUUAGUUUACCGCAGGUUGAUGCGGGCGGUGCUAUCGAGCUUCCGAGCCGCUUGGGUUCGCGCCGUAGCUCCAGACCCCCUUCGCUGGUGUUAGAGACGCCUGGAAAUCCCGGACAGCGACACGGGUCCGCCCGCUCAAUCGACCUCGGGGACGAGCAUAUGUCUCAGAAAUCCCUCCCGGCGGUAAACGAAGUCGCGAUGGGAGGUUCUCGAGAACUAAAUGAGCACGGAGAGCCCGUCUUCCCUCCGAACCAACUCCAUCCAUCCUCGUCGGGCACCGGCCGGCUGCCCUUCAGUGCCAAUAGCUCCCCGUCCCGAGACCGCAACUUCUCGAUUGCGUCCACGACGGCGUCCACCUCUUCGAGCCGGCACCAUGCGCACGAGGGACACGGUCAGGGACGGGUUGAACGCCCGUCGAGCAUGGGGUACGUUGCCCAACACCGCACCCGCGACUAUAUCCACGAGGCCAGUCCGGACGAGCCCUCCUUUACGGGCAGUGCGGCCGAGCUUGUCGACGAACCACACCAGCAUCACCAGCAUCCCGAGGGACCACGAUGAACCUUUCUUGGUCCGACAGCGUGAUUGAUUUCCUGCGCUUCCCUUUCCCUUUCCCAUUCGAUUUUGUAUUCUGAUAUCAAACUUACGAAUUUCCUUUCUAAUCGGAAAAGAUGUGCGCCUUGGCGUUUGUGAUAUAUGUUUGGAUCUUGUUGCAUAUGUACUUGUACAUACCGUCCGACGGCCGACUUAUGGCUCGUCUUAGUUAUAGGUUUAUAAUCGAUCAUCCUGGCAUGAGGGUGGAUAAGAGAGGAUGGAUGAUGUAGACUUAUUUACUCGGUAUACUUUGUAGACUUGUAUACUAGAGCUGAGACCAACACGUGAGU